GAGCCGAGGCGGGCGGCCGGGGAGCGGCCUGCCGCCGCCGCCGGCCAUGGGGAAGAAGGGGAAGCGCGAGAAGAAGGGGAAAGGGGCUGAGAAGACGGCGGCCAAGAUGGAGAGGAAGGUGUCCCGCCGGGCCAGGAAGGAGGAGGAGGAUCUUGAAGCCCUGAUAGCAGAAUUCCAGAGUUUAGAUGCUAAAAAGACCCAAGUAAUUGAGACGUCCUGCCCACCCCCUUCACCCAGGCUGAAUGGCUCCCUUUCUGCUCACCCUGAGAAAGAUGAGUUGAUCCUUUUUGGAGGUGAAUAUUUCAAUGGCCAAAAAACAUACCUGUAUAAUGAACUGUAUGUUUACAACAUCCGGAAGAACAGCUGGACUAAAGUAGAGAUCCCCAACCCACCUCCUAGGCGAUGUGCUCACCAGGCAGCAGUGGUGCCCACAGGUGGCGGGCAGCUGUGGGUGUUUGGCGGGGAGUUUGCAUCUCCCAAUGGGGAGCAGUUUUACCAUUACAAGGAUCUCUGGGUCCUGCAUUUGGCUACCAAGACCUGGGAGCAGAUCAAGGCAUCAGGAGGACCCUCUGGAAGAAGUGGACAUCGAAUGGUUGCUUGUAAAAGACAACUGAUUGUCUUUGGAGGUUUCCAUGAAAGCGCAAGAGAUUACAUCUAUUACAAUGAUGUGUACGCCUUCAACCUGGAUUCCUUCACAUGGAGCAAACUGGCUCCUUCUGGGAUUGGGCCUGCUCCAAGAUCUGGAUGUCACAUGGUUACCACUCCUGAGGGCAGCAUAAUCAUCUAUGGGGGCUAUUCCAAACAGAGAAUUAAGAAAGAUGUUGACAAGGGCACACUGCAUGCAGAUAUGUUCCUGCUGAAGACUGGAGGCUCAGGCAUGGAGGAAGCAGACAAGUGGGCAUGGAGUCGGCUCAACCCCUCUGGAGUGAAACCUGCUCCCAGGUCUGGCUUCUCCGUGGCGAUCAGUCCCAAUAACCGCUCCCUUCUGUUUGGAGGUGUGCAUGAUGAGGAAGAGGAAGAGAGCAUUGAAGGAGACUUCUUCAAUGAUAUUUAUCUCUACGAUAUGGGGAAAAAUCGCUGGUUUCCUGGACAGCUUAAGGGACCAAAGUCAGAGAAGAGGAAACGAAGACGUGGCCGACAAGCUGAGGCAGAGGGGGCAGGAGAUGAAACGGAGAAGCAGCCUCCACAAGGCCCAGUGGAGAUAGUCAAAGAGGUCGUGGCAGAAGAUGGGACUGUCAUGACAAUCAAGCAAGUGAUCUCUGGGCCUGCAGAAGAGAGACAGAGGUCUGAAUCAGAGGAGGAGGAGGAGGAAGAUGGAGCUUUGGGCCAACAAGUGGAACCAUGCCCACGUUCAAAUGCCAUGCUGGCUGUGAAGCAUGGAAUUCUCUAUGUGUAUGGGGGAAUGUUUGAGGUGGGCGAUCGGCAAUUCACCCUCAGUGACCUCUACAGCAUUGACCUGCACAAAAUGGAGGAAUGGAAAGUUUUAGUGGAGAUGGAUCCAAAAGCACAAGAAUGGCUAGAGGAGUCAGAAUCGGAUGAAGAGGAUGAUACGGAAGGUGCAGAGGGAGGGGAAGAGGAAGAGGAGAGCUCUGAAGAGGAGAGUGAAGAUGAGGAAGGAGAAGAGCAGCACCCAUCUGUUCAGCAUGAUGAGAAACAAGCAGACUAUCUGUCCAGGACAGAGCAGUAUUGGAUUAAACUAGCCCGCAGCAACAUGGGCCCGGAUGCCAAGGAGAAGAAGGUUGUGAAAGUUGCACAUGCCAUGGCAAAGACAUUCUAUGAAGAUUCAGUCUAGCUGUUGAGGAUGUUCUGUGUGAGUGCAGAAACAUGCUGGGAGCACUAGUUAGCCCCACUGAACCAAGCAGCUCAGUCCGAUAUGCCAGGCAGUUGGUGCCACCAGCAGGCUUUCUGGUACUUUGGCUCUUGCCUGCUCCAUACGAAUGCCUCUGGGCUGGCUGGUAUCAGUAUGCCUGCUUGGUUAACGCUCUGAAUAUGCUGUUAAUACCUUAGAGGUUGUGGGAUGGUCUAGGAGAACACGAUAUCUGUCCAAGCACUUUUCUGUUGAGGCUUGACUGUACAAUACUGUCUGUUUCGUUUCAGAAGUUGUUUUGAGUCAGUGAAGACAAACUGCACAUUGCAAUGGUUUCCUAGUCCCAAAUUCCCCACCUUGACUGGGGGUCAGAACUUGUUUCCAAGGGUUUCUAUAAUAAACUUAUUUGGUUACAUCA